GCCUUCGCCCUCUCCUCGGGGCUUGUGCCGCACGCACAGGGGCGAGCAGCCACACGCCUGCCCGCUCUGCGCCAAGGCCUUCGUCUCCUCCUCGCACCUUGCCCUGCACGUGCGCUCCCACACGGGCGAGCGGCGCUACCACUGCCCCGCAUGCGGGAAGCGCUUGCUGCAGUCCUCUCACCUGGCGCGCCACAGGGCCGUCCACAUGGGCGAGUGGCCCUUCGGCUGCCACGACUGCGGCAAGCGCUUCGGCCGGGCCUCGCAUCUCACCACCCACCGCCGGGUGCACAUGGGCGAGAGGCCCUUCCGCUGCCCGCUGUGCGCCAAGGCCUUCACGCAGAAGGCCGGCCUCGUGCUCCACGUGCGCCUGCACACCGGCGGGAGGCCCUACAGGUGCGACAAGUGCGGCAAGGACUUUGCUCCUCUGCCCAUCUCGUGUCGCACCGGCUCCUCGA